AUGUGUCGUUUGUCAACUUUCGCCCUCCUGGUUCUGGCGGCCAUCUGUGUCACUGUCAAUUCAAUUCCCACCAUCUCAGCAGUCGGCUCCAAGUUCUUCACAAGCGAUGGUAAUCAAUUCUUUAUUAAAGGCAAACGUAUUCUCACAGGUGUUGCCUAUCAAUUGGUCGAAGACGAUCCUCUGGUCAACGCUACGCAAUGUCAACUUGACGCUACCCUCAUGCAGCAACUGGGUGCCAAUGCAAUCCGUGUGUACCAUGUUGACCCUUCUGCGAACCAUCAAGGGUGUAUGAAUGCGUUCGCUGCGGCUGGGAUAUACGUGUUUGUGGACAUGGACAGUUUCAAGACAUACAUUCGAUUCGAAAGCGGAGCCUCAUGGACAGAGAACAAAUCGGAAUCCUACCGGGCUGUCCUGGACAACUUCCAACAGUACGACAACACCGCGGGCAUGUUUGUGGGCAAUGAGGUCUUGAACACUUUGGACGACGCAGGAGCUGCCCCCUAUGUCCUAUCCGCCGCUGUCGAUCUCAAGACUUAUCGAGACGCCCGAAAGUACCGCAAGAUCCCUAUCGGCUAUUCGGCGACGGACACAGCUAUCCUUCGACCCAUGCUGCAGGAUUAUCUGGUGUGCCGUCCUAACGCGACGGAGCGCCUGGACUUCUAUGCUCUAAACAGCUACGAGUGGUGCGGAUCCACGCCGACAUACCAAACCUCUGGCUAUGUCGCCUUGCAAGCAGACGCCGCAAACUACCCGGUGCCUAUUUUCUUCUCAGAGGACGGUUGCAAUACGGUUCCCCCACGUACAUUCGACGACCAAGCGGCGAUUUUUGGCCCGGACAUGGUCAACACCUGGUCCGGAGCAAUGAUCUACGAGUGGAUUCAGGAAACCAAUCAAUAUGGGUUGGUUUCGUAUGGACCGCAAGUCGGGGCGGAUGUCAAUCAAGGAUCGAGUGUCAUUCAAGGGUUCACUCGUCAAGGUACCCCAACACCGGUGCAACCUGAUUUCAGCAAUCUUGCACAACAAUGGAAGACUUUGACCCCUACCGGUGUGAAGUCGGCGGAUUAUACCGCCUCCGUCACCGUCACUCCACCAGCUUGCCCCAGUUCCACGGCUGGAGGAUGGACAGUUGAUCCCAGUGCUCCUCUGCCCACUAUGGGUGCGGCGGGCGUUUCCGCAGGUAUGCCUAGUGGUGUUCCGAAAGGCAGCAUCACGAUCAAAACCUCUUCCGUUGCGCAGACCAGUAGUACUUACAGUUCGACAGUCACCCCAUCAUCGGGUAGUACUAGCACCAGCACCACAUCAGCCGCGGCCAGCUCUGCCACCUCCAAAGGUGCGGCUGGCAGAACGGUUUCUGGGCCGGCACUGUACAGCGACGCAGGAGUCAUGGGUAUGGUGGUCUGCUUGAUUGCGGUGGGCGCAGGCGUGAUAUUCUGGCUAUGA